CCCGAAGACCGGAGCAUGGAGUCCGCUAACGUGUCGUCGAGUCUCUUGUUUGGCAACGUGUCCACCGCGCUGCGGCCGGAGGCGCGGCUGUCCGCCGAAUCGCGUCUGCUGGGCUGGAAUGUUCCGCCGGAGGAGCUGCGUCACAUCCCCGAGCACUGGCUCACGUAUCCGGAGCCGCCCGAGUCGAUGAACUAUCUGCUGGGAACCCUCUAUAUCUUCUUCACAAUGAUGUCGAUGCUGGGCAAUGGACUGGUUAUCUGGGUCUUUUCGGCAGCCAAAUCGCUGCGCACUCCCUCGAAUAUAUUGGUUAUCAAUCUGGCCUUCUGCGACUUUAUGAUGAUGGUCAAGACUCCAAUCUUCAUCUACAACAGCUUUCACCAGGGUUACGCCCUGGGUCAUCUAGGCUGCCAGAUCUUUGGGGUUAUUGGCUCCUAUACGGGCAUUGCUGCCGGCGCCACGAACGCUUUUAUAGCCUACGAUCGAUUCAAUGUGAUCACUCGGCCCAUGGAGGGAAAGAUGACACACGGCAAGGCCAUUGCCAUGAUUAUUUUCAUCUAUAUGUACGCCACCCCCUGGGUGGUGGCCUGCUACACGGAAACCUGGGGUCGUUUUGUGCCCGAGGGUUAUCUGACCUCCUGCACCUUUGACUACCUGACCGAUAACUUCGAUACCCGCCUCUUUGUGGGAUGCAUCUUUUUCUUCAGCUUCGUGUGUCCCACCACAAUGAUCACCUAUUACUAUUCCCAGAUUGUGGGUCAUGUGUUUAGCCACGAGAAGGCUUUGCGGGAUCAGGCCAAGAAGAUGAAUGUGGAAUCACUGCGCUCGAAUGUGGACAAGAGCAAGGAGACGGCUGAAAUCCGGAUAGCCAAGGCGGCCAUCACCAUCUGCUUCCUGUUCUUCUGCUCCUGGACGCCAUAUGGGGUGAUGUCGCUCAUCGGCGCUUUUGGGGAUAAGACCCUGCUGACGCCCGGCGCCACCAUGAUCCCCGCCUGCGCCUGCAAAAUGGUGGCCUGCAUCGAUCCCUUUGUGUACGCCAUCAGUCAUCCCAGAUACCGCAUGGAGCUGCAGAAGCGAUGCCCCUGGCUGGCGCUAAACGAGAAGGCGCCGGAAUCGUCGGCUGUGGCCUCCACCAGCACCACCCAGGAACCGCAGCAGACCACGGCCGCCUAGUGCCAAAUAUCCCAGAACAGCCCAACCAGAAAAUGCUGACAACGAUGAUGAACUGAAACGGCAACGAACUCGUAAUACAAAAUGCCAAGGAAAAAUUGUAUAAAUAUUUCGCGGACUUUAAGCAACGGUGCAAGAAGUAAAAAAGUGUUUUAACAUUAUAUUUUGUAGUCACUUUUGUGUUUAUGAAAGAAAUAUAGUCAAAUUACUGCAAACUAAA